AUGACUACAUUAAAGAAAUUGAAUUUCAUCACCGGCAACAAGAACAAACUGGCCGAGGUUAGAGCGAUUCUGGGCAAUGCAAUUGAGGUCGAUAACCAGGGGCUUGACGUUCCGGAGAUACAAGGGACUAUUGAAGAAAUUGCCAGAGAAAAGUGCAGGCGUGCAGCGGAAGUGAUCGAAGGCCCAGUUCUCACGGAGGACACGGCACUUGAGUUUCACGCACUGAAAGGGCUUCCUGGCCCAUACAUCAAAUCAUUCCUUGAUGUUUUGGGCCAUGAGGGAUUGAAUAAAAUCCUCGAUUCAUUCGAGGACAAAUCGGCAGAUGCGAUAUGUACAUUCGCUUUCUGCCACGGCCCCGGCUCAGAGCCAGUUUUAUUUCAGGGAAGAACGAAGGGUGUAAUUGUCAGACCGAGAGGUCCAUCAAACUUUGGUUGGGAUCCAAUUUUCGAGUAUGAAGGGAAAACAUAUGCUGAAAUGGACAAAGAGGAGAAGAACCAAAUAUCGCACAGGUAUAAAGCCUUGGAGAAAUUGCAGCGUUGGCUUGUCCAGGAAAAAUCCUGA